UUUGACAAUCCAACUCAAUUUCAAAUUCUCUUUGGUUAAGUGUAAAGACAUGUACGCGAGGUAUAAAUACUACUCAUGAAAUUCCUAAUUUAUUUUCUUGAAUGAGAUAAAAUUUGAUAAUACUUGUUUGUCACUUUGACGUUUUGUGUUUAUUAGAAAGGGAAGUAUGUAUUUUUUAGUUAGUUGUUUAAAUAAAAAGAGGUUGAUUUUUUAAAAUGUGAGUCUAUUGGUUGUGGAUGGGCGCACCUUGGUAUCUAAUCUGUGGCGCUGGGACCUCUAUUCAUGCAUUUUGACAUUUCGGGUUUCUGAUACGUAUUUUGACAUUGAAUUUUAAUACUACACUGAUAUUUACGUCUGUUUUAUAGUCAGACCAUCUGCGUCGAUUUUGAUAGCACAGACAAGCAAGUGGUAUUUCAAUUAUUUUUUCAAUUUAUUUUUGCGCAAGAUUUAUUAUAAAUGUCAUAAUUUCAUAAAACUUUUUAGAUUCAUCUAAAUUUUAUCAUAGAAAUUGACUUUUAAAAUAAUAGUAAGUAGUAUAAUUAGCUUGGACUGACUACUAUAUUUUAAUAUAAUGAUAAUAUUGACUGAUAAUUUGUAAACAUUUUAAAUAAGUAAUUAAAAAAAAGUAAGGUACAACGUAUUAUUUUUGAUUUUAUUUUUAGUUGUAAUGUAAUUAAUUGUUAAUUUAUUAUAAUUAUAGUUACUGAAUGCCUAAAAACUAUGCUUUUGAUUAUUUUAUCCCUAUAGUUUUUAAUCGAGUAAAUUUCAAAGAUUGACAUAGAUUAGUCGCGAGUUAGAAUCUCAAUCGAUGAAUUAUGUUUUUCCAUAGGUAAUAUCCCCUUCAUUAACUUCGCCUUUUGUACAAUUUUGUGCAUGAAAUUAAAUAUAUAAAUAACAAUAAUAUUUUUAGCAUCAACCAUUUUAAAGACUUUAUAAACCAUUAAUUUGCCCUAAAUAUACCUGUCAAUAAUCUAGUUGGCCUCAACAAAAUGGCACUAACACUAUUUUUUAUAAUUCUAAUACAAUUAUGUGACGCGCAAGAAAAUAUAACCCAAAAUGUGACAAUUCUAAGCGAACCGCCGUCAGCCUACCCCAUUGCUACAUCCUUCUUAUUCAUCUUCGUGAUUCUGCUUUUCGGCGUCGUAGUAAGAGCGCUCAUGUUAUGGACAAGCAUGUGUUUACCUUAUAGGGUCGUCAUGUUUGCUAUUGGCGCUAUACUCGGCUAUUUAGCACAUCGAUACCCCAACUUUAAACCUAUAGUAUCUGUCUGUUUCAUAGAUGUUGACUAUAUACUAUUAACUUUCUUACCCAUUAUACUUUUUAACAUAUCUUAUUCUGUCGACGCGCAUUCUUUCUGGAAAAGCUUUCCGCAGAUAGUUCUAGUGUCUGUCCCGGGUGUGUUGUUAACUAGCACAAUGGCCGCUUUCAUGGCGUUUUAUGUUAUUGAAGUGAAUUGGUCUUUCGGUACAGCUAUGCUUUUUGGAGUUAUAUGUUCUCCUAUAUAUCCAAUGGAGGUAGUGAGGCUUUUGAAAGAGGCGUCUAGAUGCAAAUUUAUAAGUGUUUUGCUACUUGGGGAAGGAGUUUUAGGCGAUGCUACAGUAAUGAUUUUGUACACUGUUAUAUUUGGCUAUUUAGCUCAAGCUGUGAGUAAUCCAGCUCAAAUAUCGCUUAUGCUACUUCGUUUCGCUGGGGGCGGUAUUUUACUAGGCAUAGUGAUGGGAAACGUCGUCGGUACUCUAGUAUCUUUGACGUAUUACGAUUUGCUCUGCGCUGUGACCGUUACUUGCGCUGGCGCGUAUUUAACUUACUAUCUUGGUGAGAAAUUUCUAUAUGUCUCUGGGUUACUGGGUACUGUCAUAGCUGGGGUGCUAAUAAGUAAUCGCAAAGCGACGAUAGCUGGCGAUGUCGAGUCGAUAGUGACGAAUUUCUGGAUUAUUCUGUCGCACGCAGCGAAUACAUUAAUUUUUACGAUGAUUGGUGUCGUUAUAUUUGAAGCUAUGGCUGCUUCUUUGACUUUACGCGAGAUUUCGCUAGUGUUUGUGACUUACACGACCGUGUAUGUGUCGAGGAUGUUGGCGUACGCGAUUAUGACGCCUGUUCUGAGGUGUUUAGGGUUUGUUAUAACCUGGCAGCAGAGCCUGGCGUGUGUGUGGGGCGGGCUGAGGGGUCCGUUGUCGCUGUGCCUCGCCCUGCUUGUGAGAGAGACUCCUGAGGUUGCUGAAGUUGGAAAUGUUAUGAUCAUCCAAACCACGGGCCUGGUCAUACUAUCCCUGAUCAUCAACGCCACAACCAUGCAAAAGGUCCUAAAAGUCCUGGGUCUGUCCCAGAUAUCCUUGGCCAAGAAAGCUAAUAUGACGAACUGCGUCAAGCGAAUCAUGAUGACGAGGGAUCGGUGCAUUUCGAUGCUGAAAAUGGAUAAGUUUUUAGCUGACGCUAAUUGGGAUUUGGUACAAGAUAGCACGACAAUAAAGCAUCCAUACCAGACCCAGAUUGUCUCUGGCCGCGAAGAAGAGAGCGAUGAUGACACGUACAUGGGCUAUCGGUACACCACGUGCCCAGACUGUGAGAGGGAGAUACCUAAUGAGCCUACGAAGAAAGAAUUCGCCGAGAUGAUGAGAGAAGCUAACCAGCGGGUGCUAAAGUCUCUAAAGAUAUCGUUCUGGCGUCAGUAUGAAUACGGGAAGAUCAGUAAAGACAGCGUAAGAAUAUUGGUGCAAGCGGUCGAAGUGGCAGCAGAUUCUGAUGAUGGGUGGAUCAACCUCGACCAGCUCGGGACGCUGUGGAAACCAAAGGCCCACGCAGUAUGGCUCCGUCGCCGGCUAGUUCACAUGAUAACGCCCGAAGUCGCCAACGCACGCAUUCCGCGCGCGUCGUGGCGCCAGCGCUGCUACCGCUUCGUUAGCAACAUCCGCUUCGAUAUUUUCAUUUAUAUAAUGAUUCUUUGCAACACGCCCGUUAUACUUACCGAGGUUGCGAUGACGGAACCGCCAAUUGUAGCCAUCAACGUGAUCAAGGGGCUUAAUGUGUUUUUCUUUGCUAUCUACUUCUUCGAGAUGGUGAUUAAGAUGUGCGCCCUCGGAGUGCGCGGCUACUUCUCCUCGCACUGGAACAAGCUAGACUUCUUCAUAGUUGUCAUGGCAACAGGAGAUUUCAUCCUGGACAUGUUGGACACCAUCAUAAAGGACUUUAAUAAGUACACGUCAAAGUCCAGUAUCCUGACCGCGACUAAGCUGCUACGAAUGCUCCGAUUCCUGCGGCUAUGCAAGUUAGCCAGAGUGACUGUCCCGAAAAUCAUGGGGUACAUGGAUCGUAUGAUCGAUAAACAGCUGGCGUUCGGUUAUGACGUUGGGAAGGGUUUCGUGACAGCGGAGCAAGAGGUAUGUAACCUGCUACCACAGUUGGUUGACAACAAGAUAAUUCAAGAAGCUCUUACCGCCAGGCUAGAGGAAGAUAGGUUGAAAGUGACCCGACAGCUCGGGUUGCUGCAGCGCGACAGACCCUGGACAGCCAUCACCGUGAAAACUCGACAGGCCACGACUUCCACCCUCAAUAACAUGCUUAUCGAUGCUGCACAAUUGAAGGAAGAAGGAUUUUUGGAUGAAGUGGAAUACCGUUUGCUAGUGAUGGCCAUACAGGAGAAAGUGCAAUAUGUCCGCCACAAAGCCAGCCUUGUCGCCCCAUCGUCCCCAGAGACCCAGUUGCGAGCCAUUUCCUGGCUGCAAGGAAAUGAGAGAGUUGCCGAUUAUUUUAUAGAAAACUCCGAAAUAAUCAACUACAAUAUUAAUGAGAUUCUUAUUUCUAGAGGCGACGAGCCCAAAGGCCUCUACAUCCUGGUCUCCGGCCUUCUGGAGGCCUCUUACAUACCUCCGGACGAUGACAUCGACGAGGCCAUACCCAACUACGAGUUUCUGACUGAUUUGAAGUUUGGGGAGCCGAGCAAGGACUAUAUCGUUUCUGGGAAUGCUGUUGGAGUUCUUGGGGUUCUGACCAACCGGCCAUACAGCUACACGGUGCGUUGCGACUCUGCCGUACAAGCGUACUACAUCACGCUGUCCGUCGUCCGAGAGGCCUUUAAUCUCGCACCCAAUCCUAUUAUAGGUUUAGAAGCAGCGAUGUGGCGUGAGAUCGGCAUAAAACUCUCCAUGAUGGUACUGCCGACGGUUCCCGCGUACCACAACUGGUCUGUGGAGAAGAUCAGCAUGAGACUGGAGCACGCUUUUGUACCCUGUCUCAAGGUCAUCAAAGUGUUCGUGGUGAACGAGCUGAUGGAGGACAUAGUGCUGCUCGACGGUAUCUGCCAGGACGCGGCCACCAGGGAGGUGUUCCAACCGCCUUGCUACAUACCGAGGACGGUCCAUCGUCUGAUAUUUCCGAAGUCGUCCCAGCUGGUGGUGACCAGCGCAUGUCCAGAAACCAAGCUGCUGCUAGUGCCAGCUAAGGACACAGACGAGUUAGAGAUCAUGGAGGACGAACUGGACGAUUUGCAGUGCGAGUUGAUAUCAAACGCAUCCUCCCGCUGCCUGUACCACAAGUCUGUCAGGAAACUGUCGAACAACGACAGCCGGCAGAAAAUCGGUGCGAGGCGGAAACGCAAGCGCGGCGGUGGCGUGCGACGCGUCAACAUCAGAGAGUCAGUAUGGAGCCGGCCGUAUGCAUCUACGCAUAAUACAAAUGAAAAGGAACUUAAAGAAAUCAGUUCUAAAUACUUCAGGCCUGGCAUGGACAGUGUUCAGCCGGAUAAACGCGAGAUGUCCAGAGUUAAAAUGUAUGAUCCCUUGGAAAAAGCUCGUGAACGGGAAGACACCGAUGUUGAGCUUGAAGUUAAGAGCACAGAUAUUUAACAAAAACUGGACGUAAAAAGUCGGUAAAGGAUGUCAGCUUUCGUCGGAUCGGCGACGCGACUUGAAGCCAAACAUCGCAGAAGAAUUCCUAGUCCAUAGGCGUACGAUCUACCCCUUUAUUUAUAAAACUUACCUACCUUUUUUAAAUGUUGUCUCUUUCUAUCAAACACAAAUGUCAAAAUGACAGAUAGGGACAGACAAUUAACAGUUGAUAGUCAACGUUAACGAUUAACGCGGUUUGAUCAGACGGCUAGUGAGAAUAAGUUACCUAUUAUGGUUAACUACAGGUUUUCAGCUAUGCGCAACUGUUUUUUCAUGUCCAGUAAGUAAAAUUCCAUAAUUAGAAUUAGUCUUAGGGCCUGUUUCAUAAUUUCCAAGUUAAGUAUUAGUUAGCUAAUUAACAAAUAAAUUAACUGCCAGAUAAAACUUAACACUUUUAUCUACCAGUUAAGCUUAUUUGAAGAUUGUGAAACGCCAACGAUGACUUUAUUCGUCAGAUAAGUAGCAAGUAGCUUGUGCAGGACUUCACUUGGACAUUGUGAAACAGACCCUAAAACUACGUUACUUCCUACUAGAAAACCUUCGCGCAACAACCUAAUCUACCGUCUGAGUGAAGUAUUAGCUGUUUGAAAUAGAUUAUUUCCCCAAAAAAGGACGCCCUAGCAGGCAAGAAGAGGUGACGUGAGCAUAAUACUAUCGAUAGCGCGAGCAUUUAAUUUUGAUGUCAUCCAUUGCCCUAUUUACUGUGUCAGAUUCAUACAAUUUGGCAGAUGUUAACUGUCAACAUGUACACGGCCAUUAAGUGAAUCAUAGAACGACGCGCAGUGCAGGGUAUUUACGUUGUAUGAUUUUUGUAAGUUAUAAAAAAUGACAGAACUAUAAACUUUGAUGUCCAAGUCUUGAUUUCUGGCCAUCUCUUUUUACCUGGUAGUAAAUAUUAAUGUUGAUUAUUAUUUUGCUCUGUUCUGUUAAGUAAAAAUGAGCUUUUUCAGGCCACACCAAUGUACCGAGUACCUAUUACAUUUAAGUUUUGAUCAUGUAAUCAGUCACUUUAUGCAAAAGUCCGUUCCAAUUUGAACUUUAAAUCAGAAUGCUAACGUUGAAUUUCUAUUGACACGUGGUCGGGAUAUCGUAGGUACUAUGCCUAGAAAAGAGCUAAUGUUGUUUUUUACUGCUAUUUACUUGUCAUAGGAGAAUUUUGUAUACGUACAUUUAUUGUAACUGUUUAUUGAUCUAAAAUCUGAAUGAUAUUAAAUUAUUUUAAAAAGC